CAUUUUUUCUCUCUUUGCUUGGUAGUGAAAAGAUAUUCAAUUGAACUGAUCAAAAUGUCGGCGGACGCUAUUAUAAACCUAAACAAGAAGUCAACGACUAGUUCGAAGGCGUAUUCAACAAGAGAUCCUUGUAAACAGUAUAUUGUUAAGCAUUCGCUACGUAUAACCGACGUUCAAGAAAGUUUAAUCAAGGAAACUAUGAAACAAACCCGAGCUGUUAUGUUGAGUAGUCCAGAUGAACUUCAGCUAUUGGCCAAUUUGUGCAGGGUAAUUGGAGCAAAGAAGACUUUGGAUCUUGGUGUAUUUACAGGAUACUCGGCAUUAACAAUUGCUAUGGCUCUACCAGAAGAUGGUAAAGUGAUAGCUUGCGAUGUUUCCGAAGAGUUUACAAAUGUUGGAAAGCCAUUCUGGAAGGCAGCUGGCGUAGAUAAAAAAAUCGAUUUACGUUUGGCUCCUGCCACUGAGACCUUAGAAAAAUUAAUUGAAGAUGGGCAAACUGGUACAUUCGACUUUGCUUUCAUUGAUGCUGAUAAACUCAAUUAUCAGACUUAUUACGAAUUAUGUUUAAAAUUAAUAAGGCCAGGUGGAUUUAUUGCCGUUGAUAACACCCUCUGGAGUGGAACAGUUGUAGAUGUUUUAGAAGGUAAAAUUAGUAGGGAAACAAAAGAUCCUGAAGAAAUAUCGGCAAUAAUAAUUCAUGACUUGAAUGAAUUUCUAUCAAAGGAUGAUCGUAUUGAAAUAUCUUUCCUAAAUAUUGGAGAUGGAACAACACUCUGUUUUAAAAAAUGA